UAUAGCUUCCACAUACAUUUUUGUGGAGAUCUUUACAAACUUUCUUUUAGGUUUUACUACAGUUUUCCUAUGGGCUGUUAUAUGUGCGUGUGUGCACACAUAUCUGUAUAAUGUGCAUAGUUAAUUAUCUAAUUAACAUCUAAAGUUCUGAGUCAUCAAUUUAAGUUUUUCAAAGGGCUAAAAGAACAGCAUACCGUAUUGAUUUUCCAGCCAAUCGAAAAAGGACAAAUCACUCUUCAGGCAAAUCAGGAGUCUGGACUUAAGCUUACCUGGACUUGGAUCUUUGCCAGCCUUUUAAAAUCACCUUUCAUUAAAUGUCCCAAAAGACUGUAGAAUCAUCUCUAAGCUUUAGAUACAGCGUCGGACAGGAAACAGUAAUGAUAUUUAAUCACAAAAUUAACCUUGAAUGCUUUGGCGGGGAAAAAACUGGAAAGUUUAGUUCUUUGGAAGUAGUAUUCAAAUUCAAAGCUUGUGGGUGGAGCUGGGGUGUGUGAAGGUGCAUAAAUAGGCAGUAGGAACAGCCCUGUUCACACUGUAACCGGGACCACCUUCGCGCCCUGGCAGGUGUCUGGGAGAGUAAACAAGGGGCAGCCAUGGAGAAGAGUUACACGUCCAUGUUCCUGCUGCUCAUUGCCAUCUCCUCUGCUCUGGCAAAGGAUAUGGGCAAGAAGGAGACAAAGGAGACUGCCACUAAACCGAAACUGCCUCAGACACUCUCCAGAGGCUGGGGAGACCAGCUCGUCUGGACGCAGACGUACGAGGAAGCGCUGUUCCGCGCCAAGCACAGCAACAAGCCGCUGAUGAUCAUCCACCACCUGGAGGACUGCCCGCACAGCCAGGCCCUCAAGAAGGUCUUUGCUGAACAUAAAGAGAUACAGAAACUGGCUGAAAAAUUCAUUCUCCUGAACCUGGUGUAUGAAACCACAGACAAGAACCUUUCCCCUGACGGCCAGUAUGUCCCUCGGAUUUUGUUUGUAGAUCCUUCCCUGACUGUGAGAGCAGAUAUUACUGGAAGAUACUCAAACCGUCUCUACGCAUACGAGCCCUCUGAUAUUUCGUUGUUGUAUUCAAACAUGCAGAAAGCGCUGAAGCUCCUGAAGACUGAACUGUAAGGGGAAGAAGGAAGCCCUUAAACACUAUGAAGUCUGAUCUUCCAUCUCUUCUCCACUCAUUGAUGCUGGUGAAGAGACUAUUUAGAGUGAUACUUAGUGAUGUGUAGUGCUGGUUUAUAUACAGAAACACUACAGUUUUACAUUAGCACUUUUGUACUGGGCAGCAUUUGUAAAAGCUGGAGGCUUUUAAUUUAAGGCAUACAGGAGAAUACUGUAUGAUCCAACUGUAAAAAUGAUUUUUUUUUUAAUAAAUUCAUUUCAAGUGUUUACACACAAAA